AUGGCGAAGCAAGAACAUAGCAGCAGCAUCUUGGAAGCACUUGACGUUAAAAAGGUUACAUGGUACCACGUCACGACGGUUAUAAUCUCCGGUAUGGGUUUCUUUACGGACUCAUACGAUCUCUUUGUUAUAUCUCUCGUUACGAAGCUCCUUGGCCGUAUCUACUAUCAUAACCCUGGCUCCUCCUCUCCGGGAAACCUCCCUGAUGGCAUCUCUGCUGCCGUGAGCGGUGUGGCCUUUGCCGGAACAUUUAUCGGACAGAUUUUCUUCGGGUGUCUCGGUGACAAGCUCGGCCGUAAGAGAGUCUACGGCUUGACUCUUGUGAUCAUGACCGUAUGCUCGAUUUGCUCUGGUAUUUCCCUUGGCAGCGACCCAAAAACCGUCAUGGUAACGCUCUGCUUCUUCCGCUUCUGGCUCGGGUUUGGCAUCGGUGGUGACUAUCCUCUCUCGGCUACGAUCAUGUCUGAAUACGCCAACAAAAGUACACGUGGCGCGUUCAUAGCAGCUGUUUUCGCUAUGCAAGGAUUUGGGAUCUUGGCCGCGGGAUGUGUGUCGUUACUCGUCUCUGCUAUCUUCGACCAUCAGUUUCCGUCUCCAGCCUAUAUGGUCGACCCGGCUGCCUCAACCGUCCCGCAGGCAGAUUACGUGUGGAGGAUCAUUCUCAUGUUAGGCGCUGUACCGGCUCUAUUAACUUACUACUGGCGUGCGAAGAUGCCUGAAACAGCUCGCUACACUUCUCUAGUCGCUAAGGACCCGGAGAAAGCGGCUUCAGAUAUGUCUAAGGUUCUCGAUGUAGACAUUGAAGCCGGUUUUGCGAAGAAUGACCAAGCUAGGGUUUCUUCAGACGAGUUUGGCUUGUUCUCCAAGAAAUUCCUCCGCCGCCACGGGCUCCACCUGCUCGGAACAGCCACCACAUGGUUCCUCCUUGACAUUGCUUUCUACAGCCAAAACCUCUUCCAGAAAGACAUCUUCACCACCAUUGGUUGGUUACCCUCGGCGAAAACCAUGAACGCAAUCCAAGAGCUGUACCAGAUCGCUAAGGCACAAACCCUAAUUGCUCUUUGCGGCACCGUUCCUGGUUACUGGUUCACCGUAGCUUUAAUCGACUGGAUGGGACGGUUCAAGAUUCAGGUCCUUGGAUUCUCUUUUAUGACGGCUUGCUUGAUUGGUCUAGCCAUACCGUAUCACCAUUGGACCUUACCACAUAACCGAAUCGGUUUCGUUGUUCUCUACUCUCUCACGUUUUUCUUCUGCAAUUUUGGACCUAACGCAACUACUUUCAUUGUCCCGGCUGAGAUUUUUCCAGCGAGGCUAAGGGCGACUUGUCAUGGUAUCUCUGCGGCUUCGGGUAAAGCCGGUGCGAUGGUUGGUUCUUUUGGUUUUGCUGCUUUGGUGAAGGCUGUGGGGAUGAAGACAACCUUACUGAUCAUGGCAGGAAUCAGUUUUGUUGGCUUGUUGUUCUCGUUUCUUGUUCCGGAGCCUAAUGGAAAAUCGCUUGAGGAGCUUUCCGGCGAAGCUGAACCGGAGAAAAUUUAGGAGAAGAUUAUUGUUUAGAUUUCUUUUGGUUUUUUUACUUGAUUAUCGUGUUUAGUUAGGAUAUUUCUUUUUGUUUUUAUUCGAUUUAAAUAUUUUUUUUUUUGUUUCCGAAUUAUCCUACUUUUAUUAUCAGAUUUAUAUUAUUUAA